CACUUUUUCGAGUACAGAGCUCGGAAUGACGAUCUUUGAUAUGUAUCCCUGAAUGCAGCAUAAGGUUAGCUUGGUAGCCGCUAGCAGUGGCAAACAAUAUAAACAUCGUUAGGUUAGUGAGUUUUGCUGGUUUCGUAUCUUAUGGCGCCUAAUUGCAACAGUGUUUAGAUUCCGCAAUGAAAAUACUGUGACACGGGUCAUUUUCGGGCUCGUUAUUGGCUGACUAAUAUGAUUAACGUAAAGUUAUAUCGUUAUACUGCUGGUAUUACUUGCUAACGUUAGCUAGCAUGCAAAGCAGGUCCACUAGCCCCAUUGGCUCUAUGAUGAAUUCCUUCAGCACAGAGCCUGAGGAUGUUGAAUGAAGGCUAAGACACACACCCGACAACUGCAACAAAUGGGAAAUGUCUAGCACAAAAACAGGUAGCUGGAGAGUCAGUCGGCCACACUUAACCAGCUUUUAAGUUAGUGUUGUGACUGAGUUUUAAAGUAUAGCUAUCACGCAACGUCGGUUGGUCUACCGCACCUCGCCGGGAACGCGUUGCUGCGCUUGCCUGCUAUAUAAGUUAAAUUGCAUCACUGUCCGACAGGAGCCUGAAGCUGUUUGUUGUUUUGAAACUACCUGUGUUAUUACAAAGGCACAAUGUAAUAAGAUUUUCCCUCAUUUUACAUUAUAUACUAUACAAUACAAUUUUAUAAGUGGGAUAUUCCAAUUAUGCUCGUAUAUUAGUAAUUAACGGAAGAGAAGUGCAGUGUAAUUGAGAUAUAUAGUUCACAUUUAUAGUAGUAUAAAUAUACUAUACAUAGACAUAGGUAUAAAUGUAUAUCCCUCACUGUAGGUGGGAAAUCAGUCAGUUGGUCAAUACAUGUCAUGUGCCAUGACCCUUCCACACUACAAGACAAGACUUUGCUCAGCAGGUGUGCUGUAAUGUUUCAACUCAUCAGUUUAACUCUGCUCAGAUGAAUUAGGUAUGUGGCCCGUCUCUCUCCCGCUGCCAGCCAUGCCAUCCCCAUGCUGUACACCACAGCCUUAACUGUGAGGAGAGAGAAGAUAUGAUGCACUGACCACAUAGUCACAAACUGACCAAGACAGCAUUACUCAAGAUGGAGAAGGUUCUGGAAAAUAUAGUGGCCAUGGUGAAGCAGCACCGAGAUGGGAUCCUCCUUAAAAAACUGGCUGUAGUCUACAGCCAGACAUACCACAAGAACCUGACUUUAUCCUCGCUGGGCUUUGACUCCGUGGCUAGCCUGGUAGCCUCUCUGGAGAAGGAUCUGGUUGUGAAAGGGGAGUGGGUGUUUCACAGAGACCAUUGUUGUGGAAGUCAGGCACGAGUGGGAGCUGCAGCUGGGACGUCAGCAAAAGCUACAGAGGACAGUGAGAAAGUUGCAGCGGUUCUGGAAAAUAUCGUGACCAUGAUGGAAGAACAUCCAGAUGGGCUUCAUCAGAAAAUGGUGGCUAUAGCCUACAGCCAGAAAUAUCGCCACAACCUAACCUUAGCCUCUUUGGGCUUCAAAACUAUUUCCUGUCUGCUAGCAUCUUUGAAAGAAGAUCUAGUUAUGAGUGGGGAAAUGGUCUUCCAUAAGAUUCACUACAAUCAGAAGCGACCAGAAGGUGAUAAGUCAACGAAAACUAUAGUGGACAGCAGGCCUGCAACUCCACAGAGAACUGAAUCACUUACAGGAGAAAGGAGCACUACCCCUAUUGUUAAAGUGUCGCAGGUAGAUGACAGCCCUCACUAUGUGCCUCUCACUCAGACAGCAGUCAGCUUUCUAGGACCCCCUUUGAUUUCCACUGGGUCUUUAUUUUCCUCCCACUAUCUCCCUGAUAACCCACUCUUUGCUGCAUCCAAGCCAGCUGAGCAACUGACCCAAGGGCAGCUCUACCACAGGGUCUUAGAGGUGAUGAAGAAGUACCAGUUGAGUGCUCCAUCAAUGGACCAGCUCCAAACCUUCUAUUUUCGGGAGUUUGGUGAACAGCUUCCUCUCGAACAGUACAUGUCUCUGUACGACAGCUGGGAAGCGUCUUACCCCAAGAAUCAGCCCGCUCAAGCUGGACCAACAGCAGAUCCCAGCACUGUUGUAUUGCAGACAACUGCAGCAGCCAAUGAUCCUGCAAGGGAGCCUGUAAAAGAGAAGCAGCAACCAGCCAUUACAUCUGACUUCCUCUCUGGCUCUGAAUUCCCAGAGCUGGGGGCAGAUAUGAACUUAACUAAAGAGCAGAAAAACAAAAUGAAAGAUUCAACCCAGAGAGGGGGCAGUGUCUCUGUCUUUAGAGAAGGUUAUCAUGCCCAGCUGAGAGAGAUCCAUGGAGCUAACAUGCGAGCACAAGAGUCCAUGGAGGAAGAUGAGGAGGAACUCACAGGGAGGAGGAGGAACAGGGUCGUGGAUCAGGAUACGGUCAACAGUCUGAUGAAGGAUGUAAUACGAGAAAUCGCUGCAGACGGAGCGCUGGUCACCCAAGAGAAGGUGAUAGCCAGGACAUGUGGGCUGUUGCAGAUUUCCUCUCUGGACGCUAUAAGGAUCAAGCCCUGGAAGAUUCCAGCUCUAAAAGACCUUCAGUACCUCAUGAGAGAGAUCAACAUGUUCAUAGAGUCCACCGAAGCAGUGUCAUCCAUUUGUACCCUGUACGAGCUGGGCCAGUCCAUGGCUGGCCUGAAGGACAAGAAGCGCUUUGAAGAGCUGAACCUGGGGCCUCUCUGCAAACUCCCACUCAUCCACCGCAUGUUCAAGAUUGACAAUAACACUAAGGAUGAUGAUAUCCACCAGAUUGAGACAAUAGACAUCUUAAAGCAACUUCGCCUUUUUCGGAGGAAGCAGAACAAGCCAAAAGUAGACCUGGCUGAGUUUAUGAAGUAUUUGGCUGACCACUACAACUGUGAAUCUCCCUACGAGCUCGGUAUCAGGAUACACAGCGUUGGGCUGCCUAUAGCGACCUUGCUAAAGGUGAGUCGUUGUGAGCACACCAUCAUGGAGCAAGCCAGGGAGGUCAUCCAGAAAGAGCUGGAGGAGGAGACCCAAGAGCGGCUGAGAAAGAUCAAGAAGAACGUGUUGGAGCAGUUGCAAGGGGCAGGUUCCUUCUCCACAGGUACCAUGGACCUCAGGAAAAAGUAUGCGUCCAUGCCAGCAGCUGAGGUGGUUCUGGAAGUAUUCUCACAUGCAGAGGGGGUGUUUAGUCCCAGGAUGACCAAGCACGUCCAGAACUUUCUGCUGCAGGUGUCAGGUGACCGACUGGCCACAGCUCUGUUUCAGCUGGCCAUCUGUGGUGGCUCCCUAGCUGUCCCACAGGACCUGGUGCCCAAAGACAAGGCACCCAAAACAAGCAAACAAACUAAAAACGAGGACAACCCCACCACAUCUCUCCCCAGUGAAGCCAAAGUGAAGCAGUAUCUUAAAGACAGCCUGUCCUCUCAGACCUCAGUCAUCACUUUGGCCCACCUUGCUUCUCUGGAGAGGAAGUUGACCAAACACUUCCAGAUCAAAGAUUUCCUCUCUUUAGAGCAAGGCAACUUCUUGGAGUUCCUGGUUAAACACAAUCAGCUGCUGCAGGACACUCUGGGGUCUACUCUGAUUCUGGGCAGUGGCAGCAUGGAACCUGCGGGCAGUGGUUUCCGACCCACCAGACAAGACUUGUUCGAAUUCAUCAAACAGUGUGGUGACUCUGCUGACCCAAAUGAACUUUCCCACAUUGAGUCAGCACUGAGGUCCCAUUACAGAGUCCGGGACAGUCGUGACCUCGGCUGUGGCACCCUGCAGAUGCUGGCUGGCCUGGUCCAGCGCCAGAAAGGCCUGGCUGGAGGAGGUCUGAGCCAGAUCUACUAUGAGGCUGCCCUGUUUGCCAAAUACGACAAAUCAAGUCUUGAAGGUGGGUGUGAGGCAGUGGGGUGCCUAGGUGAGAUGUCCACGGCACAGGCCCUGGACAGCUUGCUCUCCUGCCCUCUGCUGGAAGAUUUAAGUGAGUGGAGCCAAUGGGAGCUGAUCUUUAAACCCCUUCAUGGCUCCCUCAAAAAUUUCAUCGAAAAAAACGCAGCUAAUACAGGCCUGGCAGCGUUAGAGGUUGCACCAGGUGUGCUGCUCAGGAUCACCACACACACAGGAAACAAGUAUUUCUCUACUGCCGCCUUGACCCUUGACCCCGUUGGCACAGCUGGCCACCUGGUGUCCAUGGUGGUAGCUGAUGGCUUCGCCAAUGCUCCCACAGCCCUCUUGGCCAAUCACAUGGAGAGCUCCCUGGCAGCAGCUGUGGCCGAAGAAGAUUUGUCCCAGGCUGAAGAGGACAUGUUGUGUUACAGCAGAGCGGCCAACUUCCUCUUGGCAUGUUUAACACGAAUCCCCACCAGAACUUGCCAGGCUCUUCUGCAGCAGGUGUUUUUGGAGCCUUUCUUCCGUGUCUUGGGCCAGGCCAAGUCUAAGCAGGUCCUGAUCACUGCGGCCCAAUCAGACCCGAGGCACAUGAACUGCCUGCAUCGGCUCGGCAUCCUCUUGGGCAUCACAGAGUGGUCCAAAGACUACCAGAAAAAACUGAACCCACCAGAGAGCCAAAACUACAACAUGCACACAGCACCUGUGGAGCGGGCCAAGUCUAAUCUGUCUGUCAGUCAGUCUGACUCUGGGAGCAGCAUACAGUCACCUCCAAAUAUGAGUGAAGAUGAGUUUCUUGAGGAUAACAUCAUGGACAACAGCUUUGCCUCCUCCCAGCUCAACCAGAGCCUACAACAAGUUGACGGAGAGCAAGACAUAGAGGUUGAGGAGGAAGAGGAUGAAGAGGAGCUGUUUGAGUUGACCUCGCUGCCUAAUGGGGAGACAUCAGAUGUCAGCAUUGAAGCUGAAGGAGGCCAGGAUGAGGACCAGUCAGAAAUGUCUGAUUCUAAUGAACAGGAUGAUGCCAGCUGCCAAUCAGAGACCGGAUUAGAUCCCCAAAGAGCCAUAAUUGAGAACAUCAGGAAAAGUGAGUUUGGCAUUGGCGUGGAAUUGACUGAUGAAGGCCAGAAGCUGGUGCAGGCUCAUCAGAACAAGCUUGGCCGGAGCUUGGAGCGCCUCUCCACUGAACUCUACAGCAAAGACACACACUUUGUCCUGGAGCUCAUUCAGAAUGCCGAUGACAACAGUUACCCAUCUGAAGCCGGUGUGGUUCCAACGCUGGCCUUUGUGGUGGAGAAAGACUGCAUCACUGUUCUCAACAACGAGAUCGGCUUCCAGGAGGAGAACAUCAGGGCCAUCUGUGAUGUGGGUAACAGCACGAAGGGCAAACGCAAAUAUGGAUACAUUGGGCAAAAGGGCAUCGGCUUCAAGUCAGUGUUCAAGGUCACAGACCGUCCUGAGAUUCAUUCCAAUGGCUUCCACUUACGCUUUGACAAGAACUGCAGCUCCAUGGGAUACAUCCUCCCCCACUGGACUGAAGAUGAGAGGCCUCUGGAUCCACAGCUGAGGGUCAUAAAUCAAACCAGCUGGACCACUAAGAUCUGCCUUCCACUGCGCUCUGAGAGCCAUCAGACCAGGAACCUGUUUCAUGACGUGCACCCCUCCCUACUGCUCUUUCUACACCGCCUGCGCUCUAUUACCAUCUACAAUCAGAGUGAGAAGCGUCUUGUGACCAUGACCCGAAAAGAUCUGAGUCACAAUGUGUUAAAGGUGGAGCACACAGAGGGCGUAGAGCGCUGGCUAGUGGUCAAAACUACACUGCAGCCCAAGAAGAUCAAAGAAGAUGUUGAGUCGACUGAGCUUGCUCUGGCUUUCCAGCUUAUCAGCGACAACACAGGAAGUGACAUCCUAUGCCAGCCUCAGAAACAGCCCGUGUUCGCCUAUCUGCCCCUUCGCAGUUUUGGCUUUCGUUUCAUUGUCCAAGGUGACUUUGACAUCCCGUCCUCUCGUGAAGAUGUUGACAGAGACAGCUCCUGGAACCAGUGGCUUCGAUCUGAGAUCCCUCAGCUUUUCCUCCAGGCCAUGGAUGUCUUCACUGACCACCCAGAGUUCAGGGGGCUGAAGGGCCUCUGCCAGUUCCUACAGUUUAUCCCCCUACCUGACGAGGUGUUGGACUUCUUCAAGCCUGUUGCUGGGCAGAUUAUUCAGCUGCUUAAGGGCAAGGCCUUCCUGCCUACACUGAGCUCAGAUGGUAAGGUUGUGUACAAGCUGCCGUCCCAAGUGGCAGUCUGUCAGGACGCUGUGAUCCGCGAGGUGAUUGGCGGAGACGAGCUUGAAAGACAUUUGUCUCUGUCCUAUCUCCAUUCGGAUUUGAGCCCUGCCCCACCCACAUCUCUGCUCACUCACUUGGGAGUCCGAUACCUGCGGGGAUCAGAUGUUACCACGGUAACCACAGCCAUGGCCAAGGAGCUGAUGAGAGUGGAAGGCAUCCACACAGAUGGUGGUCUGCGACAGCUGGCCAAGCUGCUGGUUUGCAACUUCCGAGCUCUGGAGCAUGGCUACGGAGAGGCAGACUCCAUCUUGCAGACCCUCAAGGAUCUACCCAUAAUCCCCCUGGCUGAUGGACGUGUGGUGGCACUAAGCGAGGAGGGAGUGUUCUUUCCAAUGGAAGACACCAAGACCAAGAAAAAGAAAGCUCAGCCUCAGUCAGUAUCCCUGUCUGCACUGUACAAGGACGUAAGCGUAGUUCAUCCCUCUCUGUUGAGCUGUGUGGAGCCCCUGGAAAGUCAGCAGGUUCGAGAGCUGCUUAGAAGACUCGGAGUUCAUGAACUGGAGCCUCAAGAGCUGUUGGAGCAGCACAUCUACCCCUCACUACGGAACAACAAGUGGAAGUCGAAGCCCGAGGCAGUGGUGGUGAGCUACUUGCUUUUCAUCAAGCAGCAUUCCUCCUCCAGCCAGGACUACUCAGACAUUGCGGUACCUGUCCUCACCAGCAGGGGUCUGCUGUGCCCAGGACAGGACAGGGUGCACUUCUCGGAGGAGUACGGCAACAUGAACCUGCCAAAGCAACUGCCCGGCUGUGAUUGGAUCUUGCUGAGUCCCUGCUAUGUGCAGACAGAUGGUGAUGUAGCAGGAUGGAGAGAGCUGUUCAGCAGAUUGGGAGUCAGAGACGGUCUCAUCAUCCGCAAAGAGAAACAAACGCUCACUGCUAAAGAACUGGCCUCCAGUCCCUGGUCAGCUGAAAGCACAAAGUGGCACCAAAACCCUGGGGAGAGCAGUGUGCUUGAAGACUACCCCUGUGAGGAGUUUGAAGCUCUGGCCACAGCCCAGCUGCCUGGCUCCGUCCUCCUGCAGCAGAGAAUGGCCUUGCUGAACCUGCUGGAGACCAACUGGGACACCGGACACCGCUACUCUCAGUACCUCACCGCCCAGGUGAUUGACAGCGACGGACGGCCAAAUUGCAGAGCCAAGUCCUCCUUCUAUCACUCCCUGUGUCGUCUUGAAUGGCUGCCGGCCUAUCGCCUGCUGGAAGGGGACCAGCGAGAGAGAAAGUACCUGUGUCCCAGCUCGGUCUACCUGACCUCACCUGAGAUCAUCAGCCUGCUGGGAACUCAUGUCUAUUAUGUGGACAUAGAUCCCAGCGAGUUCAGCAGAGCUCUAGGAAUGAGACAAAGCAUCUCAGUGGAAGUUCUGAUUAACUACCUGAAGGAGUGGUGUGUCAAACCAGAGAAAGACAACCAGGAGCAGAGAACACCUGAGGACGAGUCAGAGGGGGCCAGUUUCACCACCACAGUUCAGCACAUCCACAGCGUAUACACCUAUCUGCAGACACACUGUUCCCACAGUGUCCUGAAGGAGCUGUUCCAGCAUACCCCAGCUGUAUUCAUAGAGUACAGGCGUUCUAACGACUGGUGUUCAGGACGCUUCUACCACCUGAAGGAGGUGUGCUGGAGCGAUACGACGAACAUGUUCCAACGCUACAGACAGCUGACUCACGGACCAGACAGCUCCAUUCAGGAGCCCAAAGUCCUGGCUCCCUUCUACAGCCAACUGGAAGGCAUGAGGGAGUUCUUCACCAGAAUGCUGAAUGUGGAUCACAGCCCCAACAUGAACCAGUAUGUGGGUUUGUUGGAACUGAUCUGUUCCUCAUCUCCCAUGCCAACUUCUGAAGUGCUACAGGAUGUAUCGGUGCUCUUUGCCAGGCUCGCUCAAAAGUGUAAAAUUCAGUUGUCUGGAGAACAGGAAAGCACCCCUCAGUACGAACUGAAACACGCUUACUGCUCCACUUUGAAAGGUAUGGUCUCGGAUAAGAGGGUCUUCCCCACCAAAGAUAACAACUGGGUGAGUCUGGCACACAGACCCAUGAUCGCUGACAACAAAGAGCUGGAGAAGAUCUUUAAACCUCACAAGCAGGUCUGCCUGCUCAACCUGCCACCAGCAGAGAAGAAGGGUGCUCCCAAGAACAAGAGUGGGAACUAUGGCCACACAGCCCCAGGGGAACGAGCUAACGCUGUACCUGCCUUCAACGAGGGGGACCGAUCUUUGUUUCUGGAAAUCUGCGGUAUUCGUCUGCUGUCCCAGUGUGUCAAGACUGAGCCUCAGACUGAGAACCUGAGGCCCUGUCCGUCCAUGCAGGCCAUGGUGCGCUCUGUCAUCCCCUACAUCCAGAGGUUCCUCUACCACCACGAGGAACUGGCUGACGUCUACUCAGACCUGAUCGACAGCAACAUAGGGGACAAAAUCAGGCGUCUUUACUUUGGACAGGUGGGUAAGCUGUACAUUCGCUACCACCUGGAUGUUGAGCACCUGGAUGUUGCAGGCAGUGACAAACCUGUGGUGGAGGUGCAGGAUGUCAUCUGUCUGCUGAAGGAUGAGAAGGAGCUCUACAUCCAGAAGGAUCACCUCUCGUCCAAGCUGGAAAUCUGCAGGGAGCUGGCGAAACUGUUCUGCACAGAGAGCAGCCACAGGACAGUUCUGACGCAUUUCUUGAGCACCCUGAUAACCUCGCUCAGUGACGCAGGAGCUCUGAGGACACUGCUGCGUAAAGAGGACAUCAGAGAGCUGCCCAGUGAGGAGGAGCAGUGGGAGGUCCCAGAGCCCCCCAAACCAGAGAUUAACCUGGAGAGAGUGCUAUCAAGGACUUACUCCUCCAGCGCCUCCCAAGAGGAGCCCUCUCGCCCUGCACAGGCGGAUGGCGAGGAGACGCUGGUUUGCUGGCCUCCUCGAGCAUCUAUACUGAACACAGGAGGCAGUCGUGCAGGCCAGGCAGAUGGAGGCGUAGUAGAGGCCGUUAUGAAGAUGUGGCCGCCUCCUGCUGCGCCUAAAGACAGGGACCCAGAGAAAGAAGUCGUGCCCAGAGAAGCCGGCCGCAUCAUCCCAAAGAGUCCCAGCAGCUGUGAAGGAAACCAGCCCCUCAAGAGCAGCAGCAGCAGCAGCAGGCCUCCAGACCAGAGAGUCCUCAGCCAUCCAGUCCAGCUUAACCCUGCUGCUGGGACCACCGACAUCAGCGCCACACCACAACCUCCAGAGCGCCGUCAACAGAGUGAGACCACUGAGUCGGGGAAUGGAGAGGAAAGCCUCACAGCUCCCAGAGCAGCACAGAGUCCUCCAUCUGGACAGCCUGCUGAGACAGUCAGCGACCAGCUCGCUCCAAACAGCCUCAUCGUCCCUGAUGCCGUGGUUCUUUCCGGGACGUUUCAGGGGACUGCAGGCACUGCGGACAUUCGUCCUCCUCUGAACCUGGACUUCUCCUUCUGCCACAAAGUCCAGCCUCCACAGGUCACUCUGGAGGACAUGGAGCUCACCUGCCAGCGACCCACCACCGUGGUGUUAUCCGACGAAGAGAUGGACGUGGCAACGAUCGGUGAGUGGGGAGAGCAGCUGGUCAACUCCUUCCUGUGCCAGUGGAGGGACAGCAGCGAGCCUGGACGGCCUGCGCACGUCCUGUGGUGCAACCAGAGCGGAGAGAGCGGCCAGCCGUACGACUUCAGGCUCACUUUCGGACACGCGGGAGGGCAACACGUGGUGUACGUGGAAGUGAAGUCGACCGUGAAGAAAGAUAAGUCGUUCAUUCACCUCUCUGCCAACGAGCUGGACUUCGCACUGAAAGAGAAAGAGCACUUCCACAUUUACAGAGUGUACAGCGCGGGAGAUGCCCUGAAUGUUCGCCUGUGCCGCAUUAGGAACCUUGCUCAGCAUCUUCACACCAAAACCCUGGCACUUUAUCUGUUUGUAUAAGUUUGUAUAAGUUUGUAUAAGUGUGAAGAUGUUUGCACUAUAACUCACAUCACAACGACAGGCACCUAACGUUUAUUCUAAGUGUUUUAUGUGCCUUUUUAAGUUUAUCCUAAUUGCACUGAUUUUAGUUCUUUGAAUUUAAUUCUUUUAAUUGUGCCCGUGAUGUUACCUACUGUAUGUUCUUUGCCUGUUCGUGAGCAAAAGACAAAUUUUAAAUAUUCCUUUUUCAAUCGUCUGACCAAAAUGUUAUUUUUAUUGCCAACACGCCGCACACAGGUGUGUGUUUUCUAGUCUAUGUACUAUUUUAAAGUGGCCAGUGCACAUUCUGAAUGUUUUUAACCCUUUUUUAUUCCCCCUACCUCACCUUUACUCCAGCAUUCCUUUGAAAUAAAAUCUGUUUCUGUGGA